CAGAGAUCGAGCGAGAAACUAAAAAAGCGAGGGAAAUAUCAAAUAUGGUGCUGGGCAUGAACUGCUUCGGCGCUCCUGAAGCCGCAAGCAAGGUGUCGCCGGCGGGCAGGCGGCUGGGAGGAGAGGGAGCAGAGGCCGUGGAGCAGAGAGCGGCGGUAACAGAGGCGGCGCCAAGUGGCCACGUAGUCGGCGAGGCCAAGCAGAUGGGAGGUGUUGAUCAGGUGAAGGCGGCGGGGAAGGAGGGGAAGAAGAAGAGGAGCGGGGCUCCCAUAGUGAUGCACCACUUCCCCUUCCAUUCUCGUCCUGGGCUGCUCUGAGAUUUCGACCUCCGGCUGGUGUGGUCACUGGGAUUUUGAUGAAGCUUUUGUCAGCAUUCUGCCAGAGAGUUCGCCUGUUUUGUGAGGGCUAGAUUAUUUGAUGAGCAUUGAGGGCUAGAUUAUUUGAUGAGAAUUGUAUCUUGUACUCCCUCUGUCCGAAAUUUCCUAAUUCAAGACGGAGGGAGUAUGUGUUAAUAUAAUGUCAUAAAAGUUCAUUUCGGAA